CCACACGGACUGGAAGGGCUAUGAAAGUGACGAAGGCUUGAUGUUGGGGGUUUUAAAGAAGGCUCGAGAAGUGUUUUAUUAUUUUUUUUAAAGGUGGCAAACCAAAGAUUAGCAGAAUACACAGCCAAAAUGCUCUGCCACGUUACUCGUCCGGAUUCAGUGGUGAUGGAAGUGGAAGUUGAUGCGAAGGCGAACGGUGAAGACUGUCUGAAUAAGGUUUGCAGAAAGUUGGGCAUAAUUGAAGUGGACUACUUUGGGCUGCAGUUCACGGGCAGCAAAGGAGAGAACCUGUGGCUGAAUCUGAGGAAUCGCAUCUGUCAGCAGAUGGAUAACGUGACGCCGUGUCGACUGAGGCUGAGGGUCAAGUUCUUUGUGGAGCCCCAUCUCAUUCUGCAGGAACAGACGAGACACGUGUUCUUCAUGCACGUGAAGGAGGACCUCCAUAACGGGCACCUACGGAUGGGCUCAGAACAAGCUGAGGAGCUGAGCUCGCUCCUGGCACAGGCAGAGUUUGGGGACUACAACCAAAACACAGCAAAGUACUGGUACUCCGAGCUGUGUGGAGAGGAUCCCAGCACGGCCACCAUGAACAGCAUAAUUUCCAGACACAAGGCUCUGGAGGGUUUGGGCCCGGGCUCCGUGGAGUACCAGGCCCUGCAGCUGGUCUCCUCUCUGGAGCAUUACGGUGUGGAGUGGCACUGGGCGCGCGACGCAAACGGCCAGCGGCUCGCCAUUGGAGUCGGCCCUGAAGGCAUCGCCAUUUGCAAGGAGGACUUCAGUUUAGUCAACAGAAUAAGCUAUCCAAUCAUCCAGAUUGCAACCCAGUCGGGGAAGAGUGUGUACUUGACGGUAACCAAGGACACAAAUGACAGCGUGGUGCUUUUGUUCAAGCUGAUCAGUAACCGGGCAGCCAGCGGUCUGUACCGAGCCAUUACAGAGACACACGCCUUCUACAGGUGUGACACAGUAACCAACGCAGUGAUGAUGCAGUACAGCAGAGACUUUAAGGGCCACCUAGCUUCCCUUUUCCUCAACGAGAACAUCAACCUUGGCAAGAAGUACGUCUUCGACAUCCGACGCACCUCCAAGGAAGUGUACGACCAGGCCCGCCGCGCCCUCUACAACUCGGGGGUCGCUGACCUGGGCUCUGGCAGCGGUGAGCGCUCCUCUCCUUCACGCUCCCCCAGCCGAGACGACCCCCAGGACGAGGGGCUGGACUGCGGCAGCUGCCAGCAGAGCAGAGCACUGCAGGAGCGGCUGCAGAAGCUCCGGGAGGCUCUGCUGUGCGUGCUCUGCUGCGAGGAGGAGAUCGACGCUGCGUUCUGCCCCUGCGGACACAUGGUGUGCUGCCAGAGCUGCGCAAACCAGCUGCAGCUGUGUCCCGUGUGUCGGUCGGAGGUGGAGCACGUGCAGCACGUCUACCUGCCCACCUGCACCAGCCUGCUGAACCUGACGCUGACCGACAACCACCAGCACCGCAGCCCCCCCGCUCCCAUCCACAGAGAACUGGCUUCUCCGCACAGCUGCUCUGCAACAGAGUACGAGCACAAGAUCUACCACACAUAAAGACAACUCCACCAAACUCCAUUACGAACACUUUGAAGCAAAACCAGCCAGAUUGAGGUUUCACGAAAAAAGAAACAUUCCUCGUCCAUCUGUGUUUCCUGCCUGGAAUCCAAGAACUACCAAA